GGCCUUGCCGCCUCAAUCUUUUGGGCGCCGCGGACAUUGAAACAACAGAAAUUUUCCAGAAUUCUGAAAAGUAGUUCCGACCCGCUCCGCGCUGCCACCUAACAACUAACAAUCUCGUGCUCCAUGUGUGCUCUUUUUUGCAAUUGAUUUUUUUUUCGAAAGUAGUGCAAAAUAAUAACCGUUGAACACAACAGUUAAGAACCAACCUCUUGGUCUCCUAAAUAAAGUAACCAACAAAACCGAAACGGAAACCCAAUCCCGUGGCAAUAGCAACAACAACAGCAGCAGCAGUAUCAGCAGCAACCAAAAGAAAUACGGCAACAACGACGACGACGACGAGGAGGCCAGCGAUUAUUUAUUGGCCUUACAAAAAAAAACUACGAAAGGAAAAGAGGCCUGGUCCAGGUUGAGACAGUGAAGAGAGGAGGCAGCGCCGUGUAGAGCGCAGGCGCGUAAAUCCAGGAUUCGAAGUCCAGCGAGUGAGAGAGAAAGCAAUUAUUAAUUACUUAAUUUUGCUGGCCAUCGAGCAGAAAAAUACAAAUCCGUGGAAUAUCGCCCUCAUCCCCAACACCCCGCAACGACCAACUAAACAGAAACAAUGGACUUUAUGAUGGCAAACACAGGAGCCGCCGGCGGAGUGGACACACAGGCGCAACUGAUGCAGAGUGCAGCCGCCGCAGCGGCCGUGGCAGCCACUAAUGUGGCCGCCGCCCCGGUACAGAAUGCGGCAGCUGUCGCCGCCGCCGCCCAGCUGCAGCAGCAGCAACAGGUACAGCAGGCGAUCCUUCAAGUGCAGCAGCAGCAGACACAGCAAGCGGUAGCCGCGGCCGCCGCCGCCGUCACGCAGCAGCUCCAGCAGCAGCAGCAGGCCGUGGCCCAGCAACAGCAGGCACAGCAGCAGCAGGCGCAGCAAGUGCAACAGCAAGUCCAGCAGCAGCAGGCGCAACAAGCGGUGGUGCCCCAGCCGCAGCCUCCGCCGAACACCAACGGCAAUGCUGGCGUGCCGCAGAACGGUAGCAACGGCAGCACGGAGACGCGCACAAACCUGAUUGUCAACUACUUGCCGCAGACGAUGACGGAGGACGAAAUCCGAUCGCUCUUCAGCAGCGUGGGCGAGAUCGAGUCCGUGAAGCUGAUACGCGACAAGUCGCAGGUCUACAUCGAUCCGCUGAAUCCGCAGGCGCCCAGCAAGGGUCAGAGCCUUGGCUAUGGCUUCGUCAACUACGUGCGGCCGCAGGACGCCGAGCAGGCGGUCAACGUGCUGAAUGGGCUCCGUUUGCAGAACAAGACGAUUAAGGUGUCCUUCGCACGGCCCUCUUCGGACGCCAUCAAGGGCGCCAAUCUGUAUGUGUCCGGGCUGCCCAAGACAAUGACCCAGCAGGAGCUAGAGGCUAUAUUUGCCCCCUUCGGCGCGAUCAUCACGUCGCGUAUCCUGCAGAACGCUGGCAAUGAUACCCAGACAAAGGGUGUUGGCUUCAUACGCUUUGACAAACGCGAGGAGGCCACUCGGGCCAUUAUCGCCCUCAACGGCACAACGCCUUCCAGCUGCACGGACCCCAUUGUGGUGAAGUUCUCCAAUACGCCCGGCAGCACCAGCAAGAUCAUACAGCCGCAGCUGCCCGCGUUCCUCAAUCCGCAGCUGGUGCGCCGCAUUGGUGGCGCCAUGCACACGCCUGUUAAUAAGGGGCUAGCCCGCUUCUCGCCCAUGGCUGGCGACAUGUUGGACGUGAUGUUGCCCAACGGACUGGGCGCAGCGGCGGCGGCGGCCACCACGCUGGCCAGCGGACCGGGCGGAGCCUAUCCCAUCUUUAUUUACAAUCUGGCGCCCGAGACCGAGGAGGCGGCCCUGUGGCAGCUAUUUGGUCCCUUCGGGGCAGUGCAAUCCGUGAAGAUCGUCAAGGAUCCCACAACGAAUCAGUGCAAGGGCUACGGCUUCGUCUCCAUGACGAACUACGACGAGGCGGCAAUGGCCAUCCGCGCCCUUAACGGUUAUACCAUGGGCAAUAGGGUGCUUCAGGUCAGCUUUAAGACCAACAAGGCCAAGUAGGAGAUGAUCCCCGAUCCACGAGGAUGGGAGGGCCGAAAUUACAUAUAGUCUACACUAUUGUUCCCACAUCCGCAGUUCCCUUAAGACACAGACACAGAACACACACAUACACAACCUCACACAUACCACACUCACACACACAAACACACAUAUAUAAAUAUGCAUGGUAUAACGGUAACUAAGCGCAACAAAGAGUAUGUGUAAAACACACACGAAACAAAACAAAACAAAACAAAAAGGGAAAGAAAGAAAGUAAAUUCAAGAAAGCUCUCGUCAGAGGGCAGCAGGAGGUUGGAGUAGUGACACUGGCUCUCUCUCAAGCGUCGACACAACGAAAGGGGCGGCCCAUCCUUGUAAACUCUGUAAAUCCUGAACACCCCCAAAAAUCUAAUCCAAAUCCCAAAGAAUCAUCCCAAAUUGAAGGCCACCUCCGCCAAAAAGCCGUUGCAAUAGCAAAAUUCUUCUUGUUUAGCAUUUAAGUAAGGAAACAUAAACUAAACCAAAACAAAACAGCUGAGGUGAGAGAGAGAGAGGGUAAUAUGAGUGAAGAAGAAAGUAGAAGAAGGCAUAAAGCAUAACAAAGAAAUCAACAAAACGAAGAAAAGCCCCCAAAGCAAAUAUGAAGAAAAUACAUUUAAAAUUUAAAAAAAACUCCAAACUAGCA